AUGGCGCCCCGAGGUGCCAGCAAGGUGCCGGGUCGCAUCUACGAGCUCGGAGAGCAGGGCCGGCAAAAGGACGUGAAUGGUAUUGAUGCGUUCGACGACAGGAAAACCGGUGUAACAUUACCUGACACGGGCACCCUCGACGAACAUGGCAUGCAACCGCUCGACGGCCUCUUUUCAUCGCCGAGAAAAGUCGCGGCGACGCCUAGCGGAAGUGAUCAGACGGGGGAGCAGGAUAUGGAUUUAGACACUUCCGGACCCGGUCCUUCUACUAUCCUCGCCGCGCAAAAAUCCACAAGGCUGCCCAUCCCUCGAGGCAAAUCGCCCGCCAAGACUAACCUCCAAUCCCCCGCCCUAAAAAACCCCCAUCUCGGCCCAGUUUCCUCCCCCAGCCGCGGCUCCAUAGUGCGAUCGAACGAUACUAACGACUCUGACGACCAUACUGUCACGAGGCGGCUGGACCUUAGGAGAGGUCAGGUGAAUGGGACGACGCGUGCGAAGAAGACGAACGGGACGCGUAGAACGUCGGGCCGUCUCUCCAGCGAUAACCGCGAUGAGGAUGACGCCAUUCUUCAAGGGUCUACCGCCGAUGACUCGCUCCAACUCGUCCACGACUCACCCUUAGGAAACAGCAUUCAUGACGACACGGUAGCACAGCCUGCGGAGGAAGAGUCGGCGGAGGAAGAAGUACGGCCGAAGCCUGGAAGGCGAGGUCGGCCCAAAACUGCUAAGGCAUCGAAACCAGUGCCAAUAGCGGAGGAAGACCCGCCCGCGCCGCCUACGGAUGACCCAGGUAACGACGACAACGACGAUGACGACGACGACGACGAAGAUGUCGUCGUGUCCCGCCCCGGCCGGAAACCGGGGAGACCUCCUAAGAAAGUCGCACCGAACACGUCGAAGCGUCGAACGAGGGCGUCACCUGAUGGCGAUGAAGAAGGGGAGGAGGCGGAGGAGGAUGAGGGCCCCCGAGAUCGAAGUAAGAAGAGGCAAAAGACGAGCAGUACCGCCCAACCCAAGCCGGCCGCCGCCCCAGCCAUCGCCCCGACGAAGCGCAGGGGUCGUAAACCCAAGUCGCAGGCGCAAGCGCGAAAUCCUCCCGAGGACACAUCAAUAUUAGAAGUCCAGCGCGGGCCUCCGCUACCCAAGGCGCGGGGUCUCGUCUCCAUCCGCCGCGACGCGAAUAGUAUCGUGCAAACGCGCUCGGGCCGACAUUCCUACAAGCCUCUAGAGUUCUGGAAGGGCGAGCACGUCACGUACGACAACGAAGAAGUCCAAGACGACACGUACCGAAACCGCCGCAUGGUUCUGCCGAGCAUAAAGGAGGUGAUUCGCGUAGAAGACGACGAGGAGGACACGAGGAGGGCUCGAAAGAAGCACACCCGAGGACGAAAACCAACAGGCAAGCGACGCGCAGCGGCCCAAGAGGAAGGACAAGAAGAAGACGAGCAAGAAGAACCCGAGGAGUGGGAGCGAGACCCCGGCGUCAUCUCAGGCGACGUGGUCUUAUGGGAACCCCAGCACGAGCUCUACCCGCCCAGUAACGACGCGCACGUAGAGGUCGUCGAGGACCAGCUGGCCGUCUCCUCGGACGCCAUCCUCACGAGAGACAUCCACGACGCAUCGUUCCGCUUCGCCAAGACGCUCAACAUGUCGUUCAUGGGGUCCGGCAUCGUCGAUUUGCCGCCCGGCGCGGAGAAGAAGCCCAAGAAUUCGCGGAAGAUGCAGAUGGUUUUCUUUGUGUUUUACGGGAAAGUGUUGGUUACUGUGAAUGAGACGGAGUUUCGGAUUAGUGCUGGUGGGCAGUGGUUUGUCCCUCGAGGAAACUACUACAGCAUCAAGAAUGACUAUGAUCGGCCGGCGCGGAUCUUCUUCGCCCAGGCCUGCGAAGUCUUUACUCCCCCGCCGGAGGAGGACCAGUAA